UAAGGUAAAAUCAAGAGACGUUCACCCUCCCACUUCGGCCCUAACGUCUCUCUCUCUCUCGUCUUGUAUUACGGAACAGCUCAGCAUUAACACCAGGUUAAACAAUUCCUGUGAUACUGGUGUGGACAUACGGGUCCGUCAACAAUGCCCUACCAGCUCAAAAGCUUGUAUGCCAGCCUUCCGCAGGUGGAGAGAGGUGUUGCAAAGGUUAUCGGAGGAGACCCUAAAGGGAACAACUUCCUCUACACCAACGGCAAGAGUGUUAUCAUCCGCAACAUCGAGAAUCCUGCAAUAAGCGAUGUCUACACAGAACAUUCUCAUCAGGUUUUGGUGGCCAAGUAUGCACCCAGCGGAUUCUACAUUGCAUCUGGAGACGUGUCAGGGAAGCUGCGCAUUUGGGACAGCACGCAGAAGGAGCACAUCCUCAAGUAUGAGUACCAGCCCUUUGGCGGGAAGAUCAAAGACAUCUCGUGGAGCGAGGACAGCAAAAGGAUCGCCAUCGUUGGGGAGGGGCGGGAGAAGUAUGGCUCGGUGAUCCUGUGGGACUCAGGUUCAUCCGUGGGAGAAAUCGCAGGCCAUACCAAGACCAUCAACAGCGUGGACAUCCGUCCAAGCCGCCCUUACCGCCUCGUGACGGCCAGCGAUGACAACUGCGGCGCCUUCUACCAUGGCCCACCCUUCAAGUUCCAAUUCACGCUCAUGGACCAUACCCGCUUUGUGAACUGCAUACGAUUUUCUCCUGACGGUGCAAGGUUUGCGACAGCUGGAGCCGAUGGUCAGAUCUUUGUGUACGAUGGCACGAGCGGACAGAAGAUAUGUGCCCUGGGAGGAGACAAGGCGCACGAUGGAGGAAUUUAUGCUAUCAGCUGGAGUGCUGACAGCUCUCAGCUUAUCUCGGCAUCGGGCGACCGCACCGUGCGACUCUGGGAUGUGGCCACCAGCACGGCGACUACCACGUUCAGCAUGGGCCCCGACGUGUCCGACCAGCAGCUGGGUUGCCUCUGGCAGGGCUCCCACAUGCUCAGCAUCUCACUGUCUGGGCACAUCAAUUACCUGGACGCCAACAAUCCCAGCAAGCCCAUCCGAGUCAUCAAGGGCCACAGCAAACCAGUGCAGUCCCUCGCACUGAACAUUCCAAAAGACAAAGACGGCCAAGCCACCAUCUACACUGGCAGCAUCGACGGCCACAUCAAUCACUGGGAUGCGGAGAGUGGAAUUAAUGACGGCUUUGCGGGGAAAGGCCACACCAACCAAGUGUCCCACAUGGCCGUAGAUGAAUCAAACUCGCUCGUCAGCUGCUCAAUGGAUGACACGCUGCGAUUCACAAGCCUCGACUCGAAGGAAUACAGCGCACAAGAUACACUGAAGCUGAAUGAGCAGCCAAAGUCAGUUGCAGUGGGUCCUGGUGGCUGCACUGUGGUUAUCUGCAUUGGGCAGAUCUUGCUGCUGAAGGAUCGCAAGAAAGCAUUUGUGAUAGAGGCUCCUGGAUUCGGCCCUGAAGCUGUGUCCAUCCACCCAAGCAAUGGCAUUGUUGCAGUCGGGGGUGUAGAUGGAAAGGUGCACAUGUACGAUAUCGAUGGAAACACCUUGAAGAAGCAUGCAACCGUGUCGGCGCUGCAGGCACACGGCCCCGUCACUGACCUGGCUUUCUCUCCGAACGGCGCUUUCCUGGCUGUGUGUGACAGUAACAAAGUUGUCAGUGUCUUCAACACAGUUGAUGACUACAAGGAGCACGGCACAUUUUACGGGCACCACGCCAAGGUGACCUGUUUGGCCUGGUCUCCUGACUGCCAGCACUUUGCCACGGGGGGCAUGGAUAUGAUGGUCUACGUGUGGACAGUGGAAGACCCAAACAAUCGCAUCAGGAUUCCAGAUUCACACCGAAUGCAUCACGUGAGCGGAAUAGCGUGGCUAGACACCCACACCCUGGUCACCACCUCCCAUGAUGCCACCGUCAGGCAGUGGACCAUCACUUACUAAGUGGCGCAGUGCCACAUUGUCUCAGGUCUUAUAUAUAAAUCGAAUUCUCCUGGACUGCUAUGAACAGAAGUAAAUCUCCCAAUGCUAUACUGUGUUUCUACGCACAAUGUACUAAUAUGCAAAUACAUAUGAUUCGCCAAGGAUGUUUCUUAAUAAACAUGUGGCGGCGUCUCGCCAUCAUGACAGGUACACAGCGUUCCUGCAAGUGAUAAUAUGCAAUGUGUUGCCAUGCUGAAUUAUACGAUACGUCUCUUACGCCCGUCGUGGUAUUCACACACACACAUCACGUUUAAAUUCAACUUAUUUAGGAAAAUUAUGCACUCGCGACAUGUCCAGCGUGACUUCUGGAACAAUUUACACAUGUCUGUUGACAACACUCUUUCUUACGCAACAUAUUACUGUUAAAUGUAAUCGAAUAAUAAUGUAUUCACAAAACAAACAUGUAAUGGCGAUUCAUGCAACUAAUACUGUAACAGUAACAAAUGUAAAAUUUUCAUGUGUUUAUGACUGCAUUCAUUUACUUGGUUAUACAGUUUAUCAGCCUUUUUUUACUGACCAUGAGUCUGGUAGCUUACAGACCUUUACGUAAUUAAUCACAGAUUCUGUUUCAAGUGUGAGCAACAUCAAAUGGCACUUAGAUCAAAAUAUUUUUUAAUGUGUGUGAAUUCGGAAAAUGUAUUGCUUCUGCCUAGCAGGUCUACUCGGCUGAUGCUAAGGGUAAGACAGCUUUGGUGAAACCGUAAAGAGAAAUUCCUCUCAAAUGAUGUGACAUUUGAGAAUGCAGCAUUGAGAUGUCCUAAAUGUUAUGAAUUUAUAACUCUGCUUCACACUGCUGAAUUUUGCUUUGACAAUGCCAACUGAAAAUAUAUUAUUCGUGGCCGUAUCAUUGUUUUGCACGUUGUAAACCUUUCUUAAAAUAUAAUAAAUUGAGGUUUUGAGCAACAU